CAGGGAGCGUGCCAGCCAGCACUCUCUCUCACAGCAGGAAGUGCCCGCAGGACCGCAGCGAGAAAAAAAAUGACUCAGCACUGUACCAAAUUCUCUGGCCACUGGAAGAUCAUCGUUUGGGAUGAGGAGUGUUUCCAGGGCCGCAGACAUGAGUUCACCUCGGAGUGCGACAACGUGAUGGAGUUCGGCUUCGAGACCGUGCGCUCCUUCCGAGUGGAGAGCGGGGCCUGGGUGGGCUAUGAGCACUCAGCCUACCAGGGCCAGCAGUUUGUCCUGGAGAGGGGGGAGUACCCACGCUGGGACGCCUGGAGUGGCAGCAAUGCCUACCACACCGAGAGGAUGACCUCCUUCAGACCCAUCGCCUGUGCGAAUCACCGCGAGAGCAGGAUGAGUAUCUACGAGCGCGAGAACUUCCUGGGCAGGAAGGGGGAGCUGAGUGAUGACUACCCCUCCCUGCAGGCCAUGGGCUGGUGCAACAACGAGGUGGGAUCCUUCCGCGUGCAGACCGGAGCCUGGGUGUGCUACCAGUAUCCUGGUUACCGUGGAUUCCAGUACAUCAUGGAGUGCGACCACCACUCAGGAGAGUACAAGCACUGGCGAGAGUGGGGAUCCCACGCACAGACUUUCCAGGUGCAGUCCAUCCGUCGCGUGCAGCAGUGACCUCCCUUCAGAUCCACUGUAUAAGUAAAGACGACUAAUAAAGGCUAUUUCUAUGAACUGAAA